UUGAACUCUUCUUCAUUGUUACUUUAUGCGUUCACAAAUCACGAACAAUCGUUAAUUUAAACCCCAAACUUCACUAAUUCGCGAUUUCUUUGUAGUCGGCUCAGAGAUUUAGUUUUGUUCAGCAGAAAGAGGAGAAAGGAAUCCCUAGAUUGGGGUUCAAUUUGGGGGAAUGGCAUCCGAGAAGAAAGCAUCGAAGGGCAUAGCUUUGCUCUCGAUGUACGGCGACGAAGAUGAUGAGAUGGAAGAACUCGACGAGGAAGUAGCAAAUAUUCAUGAAGACGGAGUUCCACUGCCGGCGUCGGAUGCCGUCGCCGUAAACGAUAAAGAUGGUAUUAGCGAUUUCGGCAAUGACCAUAUGCAGCGGCAACAUGAAGAGAGAGGUCAAUUCAACGACUACACUCCUCCAGCAUCCGCGACUCCACAACAAACCCUCUUCUCGCCACAAGAGCUGCUGCAAGCACAGCAGUUUAGUUCGGAUUUGAAUAAUGUUCAGAGCCAAAAGAGUCGACCGACUAUUGUGGAUUAUGGUCAUGAAGAGGCCGCGAUGUCUCCAGAAGCAGAGGAAGGCGAAAUUCUGGCGACUGGUCGAGUAAUGUAUGGGGAGCAACUUCAAAGUAGUGAUGGUGAAUCACGAGAAAAGAUAUCACCAGGUGUGGCUCGGCUUCCAACACAUAGCACUCAAGCUGCUACCGCGCAAUCAUUGGAUCCAGCUGAUCAGCCUGAAACAGAUACCAUGAGUUAUGCUACAAAUGAAUCAGAAGCUGCAGGUACUGAGGAUGCUGUUAUGGUUUCUGUCGAGGAUCAAAAGAAUGUUGAUCCAUUGAAUAACUUUCUGCCCCCACCUCCCAAGGCCAAAUGUUCAGAAGAACUGCAAGAGAAGAUUAGUAGGUUUCUUGCUCUAAAGAAGACUACUGGAAGAAGCUUUAAUGCAGAGGUGCAGAAUAGAAAGGAAUAUCGAAAUCCUGAUUUCCUGCUGCAUGCUGUGACUUACCAAGAUAUCGAUCAGAUAGGAUCCUGCUUCCGUAAAGAUGUAUUUGACCCUCAUGGAUAUGACAAAAGCGACUUCUAUGAUGAAAUAGGGUAUCCCUCGAAAUCUUGAAGGAGAAUAUUUGAAGUUCAAUAGAUGAAAUGUUAGAUACCGGCUUCCUCUUGCUUGACUUAUGUAUUUACCGUUUCUUUCUCUAUUAGUUAAGUUUGGUAGCUAUAUGCACCAGCUUUAUUAGGGACUAGUUCUUGACUUCUUGUGGAUUUUAUCUGAUACAUAGUUCUAGAUGCAUUGCAGGUUUAAACCUACCAAUUUUCCAUGGACAAUCAGCCUGAAUUUUCAAUGUUUUAAAUGAAACACCUCUGAAAAUAUGUAAAUUAUAUGCAAGGGGAUAGAAUAGUCUGACCUGAAAAGUGAAAUUGAAGCACAAAAAGAAACAUUCAUAGUGUUAGUUUUUAAGUCUGAAUGAAUUGUUGAUUCACUUUUUUCCGCACCUCUGUUUUUCUUACAAAAGAAGUCCAAAUAUUGAAUGCACAUUGCUGGGUCAAGUCCCACUGAGAUAGGCGCAUGACUUCCAUUUCCUUUUUUCUCUUUCAUUCUUCCCCUCAUGCAAAAAUGUGUUUGCCAAAAUGUAUUUGAAUGAUUCAGAUUGGUUGGAUGACAGGCAACAAAGAAGGAAGGAGGCAGAAGAUAGACGAUCCAGUGAUAGAAAAUCGGACAGAAGAUAAUGAAGUUGUCCUUCUUGAUGCUAAGCCUGGACAUCCAACAUUAGCCACAGCUACUAACAUGAA